AUGAAAUCCUCGAACUCCUCAGAAUCUCGUCGACUCCUUGAUUUUGUUCCGUCACUUAGACCGUCGUUCCUCUCUGUUCUAUUAGUUUUUGUCUGCGGAUGUCUCUGGGUGAAGAAUGAAGCAACAAAUGAACGAUUGAUGGGGCUGGAAUCUCGCAUCAACCUUUUCCCCUGCGUUCAGAGUGUCUCGACUGAAAAUAAUGACAGGAUAUCUCUUUCACCGACAGAAGCUACAGCAAGAGAUCUUUAUAAGAAGGUUCAGACACAUGUAUCCGAAAGGAUCAGUUAUACAUCAGGUAAAAUCAUCGAUUUAGAUGUUAUUUUGAUGCAGAUAGAGCUGAGUUUAUCCUCUUUUGAUUUAGGCAUAUAGGCUUUCAUAGUGAGAGUUUGCGCUUACAUACGGGAUCUUUGGAUAUUUCAUGACAGAACUGAAUUUUAACUUCAACUAACACUGUAUGAACCCUUUUGUAAUACUCUCACUCUUUUGUAAUAUUGCUUAGAUAUUCAUUAAGCCACCUAUACUGUUAAAACAGUAAAGAAAUUUACGGUGUAAAUGAUGUUGAAUUUAUGAAUUAAGUGCCGAACGACUCGCUAACGUACAAGAUACGGCCAUAAAGCUUCAUAAAACAAAAAAAAAAUUCGCUUAUAUUGUAGACCAUAUAGAAUGGUAGAGGAAGCUCCCUGAGCAUUUACGGUGUGCUUCCAGAACGUGCAUGACAGUUUUCCAUAAGAGCUUGUUUUAGGUUGAGCACGGAUGGCGUGACAAAAGGCAAUAGUGCAUAGCAUUUUUUUUCCCUUUUCCUUAUGUUUGUUUUAAGAGCUUAUUUCUUGAAGGAAAAGAAUGUUUUUUUCAGCACUGUGUGAAUCAAAUUGUUAAAAGGGGUAAGGGGUUGGACCUCGGAGUGGAGAAGAUUGGGGACAAGUUACGGGUUCCAAUGUGUUAACCUUGUUGUUGAACGCAUCUCUGAAAAGCUUAAUUUUGUACAGUGUGUUAGAAUUGCCAACCUUAUCAUUUAUUCGCUCAUUCAUUUGUUUUCUCCCUUAUUUAUUUUAAGUAUGGAUUAGUAUGGAUAUUUAAAAAUUUCUUAAUUUUAUUUACCUGUAGCCAGCCCAUUGCCAAAAAAGGCAUCAGCAACCAUCCGGCUAAGAAGGCCAAGACAUGUUUCAAAUGACUCUUCAACUAGUGUCACCAUACAUGAAGUGAGAAAAGAAAUCAGGAAACAGUUUGAACAACUGAUGCCCACCAAGUACUGUAAGUCAAGUGAGAAAGUCUGUCCUACAGCUCCCCCCGGAUAUCCUGGUCCCACUGGAGCGAGGGGACCACGUGGCAGGAGGGGACCAAAAGGAAAUAAAGGUCCUCAAGGUCCCAUGGGACCACCUGGAAAAUCCGGAAAAGCAGGACUAACUGGUCCCGCAGGACCGAGAGGAGAAAAGGGAAGCAAUGGAGAGCCUGGGCCAAAAGGCAUGCCGGGACCACCUGGAAGGCCUGGAAAAUCGAUAUCUGCUCCACAAGUGAUGUUGUCGCCAGCAGAGCAGACACGAGAUGAGGGAGGAAAUACGGCAUUUUAUUGCACGAUUGUAGGAAACCCUUCCCCAGUCGUGGAAUGGCAAUUUAAGGGCACAAAGCUUCUGUCAGGCGCAAAGUAUCUGAUUAAAGAAGGAGAGUUGAUCGUUAGAAAUCUGAAUUACAGCGAUGCUGGACCGUACACAUGUGCUGCCAGGAACAUUCUUGGAUCGUCUGAGGCCACUGGCAAAUUGACUGUUCGAGGUAAGAGGAGCAUUUAACUUAGAGUUUUGUUAUAUCUGGCUGCUUGAUUUUGUAGGCUUCUUUGUGCUCUGAGAAUGCGAGAAUACGAGGUUUGAAUAUAAAAAUAGCACCGCUGUUUAAUCAUUUACUUUUAUCUCUUCUUUCAUUUUUUUCCUUAUUUUUUCAGCAGUGUAUAACGCCAAAAUUUAAAAUUUACUCACUUAUACCUUAAGCUGAUGAUCAAGGACUAUAGAGUUUGCUCAUUGGUAUUAGGCUAGUAGUCACGAGUGUAGUUCAACUUUUAAUCUGAGCAGUACAAACAUAAAGACAUUAAAUAAUGUUAAAAAUAAUAACACAUGACGGGAAUAUUUGGACCUUACAUGAACGCGAAGGCACUCAACACCAUCCUUCUCCUUCUCCCUUUUUAGCUUAGACCACCCGGGGAGGUUACUUAGGUUAAUUUUUGCUGGAUAUGUGCCGCUGGCCUCUCAAAACGCCUACCACAUUAUAUUCUAUGCCUGCUGGUCGAUCAUGUAUUGGCUCUAUUUCAGGUCUUCCAGUCUUCACAAAAGUUCCACCUUCACUUGCCACACCAGUUCAAGGCACUACGUUUCAAGUAACAUGUCAAGCUGACGGAUAUCCUCUCCCCGCGGUAACCUGGACUAGAGCAGCAAUGCCUUUACCUGCUGGAAAGACUACUAUAAACCAAGGCACACUUACCAUUAACAACUUGAGUCCUGCUGACAACGGUUUU